CACUUUGGGAAUAUUUAAUAUGGUAUUGAAGUAUUUAAAGUCACGUUUUCUAUGCAUCUGCGUGACUUUGUUAAGCUUCACUGCAAGAUCCGUGCAUGGAGCCUGUGGUGCCAUCCAAUUUGAGUGUGAUAAUGGCAGUUGCAUUUCGAAAUUCGAGGUGUGUGACGGAACCAAGAACUGCCCCGAUGGGUCGGACGAGACGGGUAUGACCUGUGUGUCCCAGCGACAGCAUUGCACGAAGCCCUACUUCGAGUGCAGUUAUGGCGCAUGCGUGAUCGGCACGGCAGCGUGCAAUGGCAAAAUUGACUGUGCCGAUGGCUCGGACGAGACGCUUUUGCGCUGCGGAUCUGCUGACGACGUACGCGAACUCGAAGUCCGGCUGCAGGAAAACUGCCUGAACGAGGAGAUCAAAUGCCCGUCUGGCAUAUGCAUUGAGAAGAGCAAGUAUCUGUGCGAUGGCCAGAACGACUGCGGAGAUGUAAAUGGCUAUGACGAAUCUGUCAAAUUGUGCGGACACAUCGAGUGCCCAGGAUACGCCUUCAAGUGCGCCAGUGGCGGCUGCAUCUCCGGCGAUCUGAUUUGCAAUGGCAAGACGGAUUGCUUCGACGGCACGGACGAGGCGCCUCUGUUGUGCAACACCACCUCCGUACCCACACAGCAACCGAUCUUGCUGCCGAUAGACCAGAUUGGUUGCCCACUGCCUCACGGCGAUGAGCUUCCCAUAAUGAAGGAUCAGCACGGCGCCUACCUGAAGCCGCCUAUUAUCAAGAAAACGGUCUUCUUCUCCUGCAACUCCGGCUACGUCCUGGAGGGCGCAAAGAUUAGCCGUUGUGCUAAUCGACAGUGGAGCACAGACGUCAUACCGAAAUGCGUGAAAUACUGCGACUCGUUGCGUGACUCCAAGGGCCGCUCCAAGAACAUACUCCAUGGGUAUUCGACUACUCCCACAUGCACUUACGAGGGUCAAACGGUCAACUGCAGCGAACGCUACCAUCCGCCUGGCACCGAGGUAAUUUUCAACUGCGCAACCGGGUUUAGAUCAAUCAGCACUACGCUGUCGCCCAUGAAAUGCUUGCCCGGUGGGUUCUGGAGUCGUGGGCGCCUGCCGUGCGAACAGGAGUGUGGCCAGAUUGCGACCCCCAUCACGCAGUUCUCGGCCAACGGCUAUUCGAUCAAUAACACGGUGGUGCCAUGGCAUGUGGGUAUUUACGUCAUGCACGACGAGAAGAAAUACAACUUCGUCUGCGGUGGCUCCCUGCUCACCCCUGACCUGGUCAUCACGGCUGCCCACUGUGUGUUCAACCAGGUGAGCGAGCAGACUUACAGCUUCGACACGUUUCGUGUGGUUGCCGCCAAGCUGUAUAGGGGCUACAACGAUGUCACCAACGAGGACAAGAGGCGGCAGGUCGAAAAUAUCACAGUUGCUCCUGGCUAUAAGGGCCGGGAGGAUAAUUACCUCAACGAUAUGGCGCUGAUCUUUCUAAGUAGGCCAUACAUGCUGAGCAACGUCAUCCGACCGGUGUGUGUGGACUUCUUCAGCUAUUCAGAAAAGGAGACCAUCAACAACGAAGUGCAAGGUCAAUUUGCUGGAUGGAACUUUAAGGACAAACGCGAGCUGCAGUUUGUGCCAGCGAAAUCGCAAAUGAACUCCGUGUGCCUCACCCAUCUGCGGGACAUAAGUUCCGAUAAGUUCUGCAUGUUCACACAGGGCAGAUCGCUGGCCUGCCAAGGCGACAGCGGGGGCGGGUUCACGGCGAAGCGAGAGACACCCGCCUUCUCCCGCGAUCGAUCUCGCCACUAUCUGUACGGUGUCAUCAGCAGUGCUCCAAAUGCCGGCCAGUGUGCCGAAAGCUUGACAACCCUGACAAAUAUCCAACACUUCGAUGAAAUGAUCAAGAGUGCCAUACGGAAGAGUAUCGACUCCAACUCUUAAAAGAGUUCGUUUCCAUAUAUGAAGAGUACUUAUGAGAGUAUGGGGCAAAAAAGCAACAAUUCAUUUCUGAAUUUUGGAAAUGCACACAAUAAUUUAAGUCAUAUAAUCAGUCAUAAAAAAUAUAAUUUUCUAAUUAACAUAUCAAUAGACAAAAGUUAUGUCUGAUAUCCUAAUGUAUUGCAUUGGCAACUUAUAGUUCCAUUUC